AUUUGCAAACAAGUUAUUACCUUGGCAACCACUUCCACUGCACUGAGGAAAUACUACAUUAUCGCUUGCUUGUAAUAAUGGCGUUACCGAUGCUGCCUGGAAAUUCAGUCAACAGAAAUCUUGGAAGAGACAAAUUUCACAAAUCCCAGCAUUUUGAUUAUUCAAAUGGAGUAGCCAUGAUGGUUGGGGCAGAGAAGCCAGGCAUUGGAGGAGAACUGCUUCUGGGGCAGAGCACAAGACCCAAAUAUUCACUUUUUCCAAAGAGAGAAGGCAGUGAUGCUCCGGCAUGGGUUGCCUUUAACAAACAGGUCCUUUGUUUUGAUGCUUAUUUCCAAGAAACUGUACCUCAGAGGAGGGAAGAAAAAUAUAGAGUUAGAAAGUGCAAGAUUUACUUCUACCUGGAGGAUGACACUAUACAAGUAGUAGAGCCAGAACUCAAAAACAGCGGGAUCCCACAGGGAACCCUGAUUCGGCGCCACCGUAUUCCUCUCCCAGCUCCUAACGAUGAUCGCUUCUACAAUGUGCACCAUUUUAACAUCAAUCAGGAAAUAGUGCUCUAUUCCAGGACCUUUAUGAUUACGGACUGUGACCCCUUCACACGUAACUUCUUGAUAAAAAUGGGGGUGCGCAUAAACCCUCCUGCUUCCGCACCAGCAGAUCCCUAUACCACCCUUCGACAAGAGAUGGAGGAGAACAUGAAGCCACUGCGGCCGUAUGAAAGAUUGGAUACCCUAAAGCAGUUUUUGGAACAUGACCGCAAAGUCCUGCGCUUCUAUUGCUGCUGGGAUGAUACUGAGAGCAUGUUUGGAGACCCCAGAGAGCUGAUCUUGCAUUACUUCCUGGCAGAUGACACCAUGGAAAUUUACGAAGUUGUCCCUCCAAACUCCGGUCGAGAUGCUAUCCCAAAAUUUCUGCACAGGGGCAAGCUUCCCAAGAAUGCUCCUAUUCCCAAACGUCAGCCUGGAGAAAUAACAGACCGUACAGUCCUCAAUGUAUUUGGACCAGUUGGACAAGGAGGACGCUACAUUUUAGAUAGCCUCAAAACUGGAGCAGUAGAUGAAGAAUUCUAUAAAGACUGUGACCUGACCAUUGGAGGCGUCAUUAACGUGUGGGGUCGUAGGGUCAUAUUAUGUGACUGUGACAACUUCACUAAAGAGUAUUAUCGCUCCAAAUAUGGUGUUGAGGACUUCACACCUGUCUCAUACAAGGCCCCGCCCCCUCCUAAACCAGCCAAACAGGUGCCACCCUACACUGGAUUUGGAUCUGAGGAAGAUUCGCUCUGCUCCUGUCAGGGUUUGCUGCCUAAACCUCCACAGAAAGAUUUCAGGAAGCUUAUGGAGAAAGACAGGCAAGGUCUGGUGAGCAAUGUGUUGAGAUUUGUGGGGAAAAUGUUGACUGACAGUCCUAUCGACAAGGAACGUGUUUUUAUCAUAUGCGUCUACCUCAGUGAUGACACCAUAGCAGUCUUUGAACCUCCUCAGAGAAACUCAGGUGUGAUUGGGGGUAAGUUCUUAGAGAGAGGUCGAGUGAAGAAGCCAGGACAGGAGCUGUUUAAGAGUGAGAUGUCUGAGUAUUUCACAGCUCAGGAUUUGUAUGUGGGAGCUCGACUGGAUCUGAACAGUCAGCCAUUCCAGCUGCUGGAUGCUGAUGAAUUUACAUUCAACUAUAUGGAGCAGCAUGCUGAUGAGUUCCCCAAGGCCAAUAUUGGCACCAUUAUCAGCAAGGUAAAAUCCAUCAGUGAGGAACAGCAGAAGAAAGUAAAACAGUACUUCAUGAUGAGUGACCCAAGCAGCACUGGCUUCAUUCCAUAUGAGUCAUUCAGGACUCUGUUGGCAGAUAUGGACAUUCAGUUGUCUGAACACGAGAUCAUGACGCUGGGUCGCAAUUAUUCAGUGCAGGAACAGCCAGAGGUGGACGUGGGCCUCAUGCUUGCUGUGGCUCAGGAUCAGCUAAAGAAGAAAAACUUUGAGAACUUCUCAGAUAUGAUCCGUGCUUUCACACAUGAGGACCGGGACAGAUCUGGACACCUCUCUUCUAAAGAGGCACGGAUCAUCUGUAAAGCCUUCCGACUGCCCCUUUCUGAUGACCUACUACGAGCCCUUUUUGAGAAGUUUCAAGACGAGUCUGAGAAGAUUGACUAUCACGCCUUCCUAUCAGGUAUCAACUGGAGAGAAAACCCCGCCCCUGCUGUGCUUCCAGAUGUCACCGUGAAGCCGCCACAUGCACAUGAGAGUGUUUGUGUCAGGGUCCAGGCCGUGGGCCCCACAAGCUUUGAGCACCUCCAAGCCUCAUCUCAAGUAAAUCAGCCUUGGGAAAAACCCACUCAACAACUACUCUGAAGUGGAGCUUUUAUUACAGCACAGUAAUUUAGCAUGCCUGCUUGGAACCUAAGCAGAACCAUCUGCUCACUGACUCACAACGACAAGACUUGCAGUUCUACAGGGUCUUUUCUGACCAGCAGGGGGAGUUAGCAGUUGAA